CCUCCCAAAAUAAUAAUAAUAAUAAUAAAAAAAAAAUUCUCCGCUUCUCCCUUGAAAUGUCAGGCUACCCUCAUCCACAAGCCGGCUACGGUUACGGCCAACCGCAACAACCCCAACCCUACGGCUCCGCUGCACCAUACUCCUCCCCUUAUGGCGCACCGCCACAACCUUCAGCUCCAUACGGCACCGCACCACAACCCGCUGCUGCAUAUGGAGCCGCACAACCUGCCGCUCCAUACGGCCACCCCUACGGUGCUCCCGCUCCCGCUCCCGGCACCAAGCCACCGAAGGACAAACCCCAAGCCUCCGCACCUGGUGGCUAUCCUUCUGCACCUUACGGCAGCAGCCCCUUCGCCUCUCUGAUGCCCUCCACCUUCCCUCCAGGGACUGACCCCAGCAUCGUCGCCUGCUUUCAGGUCGCCGAUCAGGACGGUAGCGGGCUCGUUGAUGACAAAGAGCUGCAGAGAGCCUUAUCGAGCUAUAAUCAGAGCUUCAGCUUGAGGACUGUUCACCUUCUCAUGUAUCUCUUCACGAACACCAACACCAGGAAGAUCGGGCCAAAGGAAUUCGCUCCACUGUUCUACAGUUUGCAGAACUGGAGAGCGAACUUUGAGAGAUUUGAUAGGGACAGGAGCGGCAAAAUCGAUUCUAAUGAGCUGAGAGAGGCACUUAUGAGUUUAGGAUUUGCAGUCUCACCAGUUGUUUUGGAUUUGCUCGUAUCCAAGUUUGAUAAAACUGGAGGGAAGAACAAGGCAAUCGAAUACGACAAUUUCAUCGAAUGCUGUCUGACUGUCAAGGGACUGACUGAUAAAUUCAAAGAGAGGGAUACUGCAUAUUCUGGUUCAGCAAGUUUCACUUAUGAAAAUUUCAUGCUUACUGUCCUUCCUUUCCUCAUUGCAUAGGAUGGGAUUUGAAAGCUAAAACGGCCGUCGUCCAAGGGCCGGUGAAUUUGGAAAGUGAUGUACUUUCUGGGUCUUAUGCAGAUUUUUUUCCCCUUCACUUGGUAAAAAUAAGUUUGUGUAUCUGUUUUUAGCCGUUAAAACUAGACUGUUUCAAGGGUCUAGUGGAUACUGGUUUGCAGAUUAAUCUCUCUAAUGUACCCUCUUCUUUUUAA